UCAAAAUUAUUACGUAUAUUAUUGUAAAAGGACCCCUUGAUGAUCUUUACAUAUGGAUAGCGUUAAAUUCUUUUAUUGUUAAAUUAAGGAGAGGUGGUUGAUCAGAUUUUCGUGAUGCGAUCAUAUUAACGUAAUUUCCCCCAAAAGGACACUUCCAAAUCGAUCUUGCGAUUUAUAUAAAAGGAGCAAUAAUCACCGUUAAUAUUUCUGAUCAAACUAAUUCAUUUUCCCGACCCUUUAGAUGUACAAAGCGGGCAUAUUUCUUUUCUUGUUUUAUAUCGGCACUUUGAUCCUCGCCGAGAAAAUCACGAUUGCCGGCACGUGGCAAGACAGCGCAGUAAAAUACUACAGAGAAAUAAAUCACAUGACCAUAAUUUCAGCCGGGGCGCCCCUGCCGAAAAAUCUUACUUAUAUUGGUAAAACUAUAUUAUGUGCCCAUGAGUCGGCAGGAAUUUGGCGCAGUAUAACAAAUAAAAUUUCUGGCAAUAAAAUAAUAACCAUCUUCACGUGCCAAAUUCUUGAAACUUUACGCAGUAUCGUAACGGCGAUAACUCAGAAAAAAUUAAGCAAUAAAUUUCUCAGUGUUAAUCUCCCGAAUUAUCCAUAGAUUCGAAAUUACUUAAUCCCCGAGAAGUUUCAUUACGGGGAAUAUUAUUUUACAUAAUCUGCGUGUUUGGGAGAGAUAUAGAUAGACAAAAAUCC